AGAGAGGUAUUAAAGUGAUGAGUCACGGACUCAACUAAAUAAAUAUCUCUAUUAACAAGCCUUCCUUUUUCAUCCCCGAAACAAUCAUCAUCGACAGUGAACUGCACACUAAUCAUGUCCACCCCAACCCGUCUCCAAUACGAGACACUGGAUGUCUUCACCACCUCCCGCUACGCCGGCAAUCCCCUAGGUGUUGUUCGCAUACCACCAGGAAACACUCUAACGCAGGCCCAGAAGCAGACUAUCGCUCGGGAAUUUAACUAUUCCGAGACCAUAUUCAUCCAUGAGUCGGAAGAUCAAGGGGCUGCGGAGCACAGAAUUGAUAUCUUCAUGACCGAUGCCGAGUUACCAUUUGCUGGGCACCCAACGAUAGGGGCAGCCCAUAUCCUUUCAGCCCAUCAAUCAUCAAGCUCCGACUCUGGAAUCGGCAGAAAGAUCAUCACCAAAGCGGGUCCGAUCCCGUAUAAGUUUGAUGCCGAGCGGGGCAUGGCGUUCAUCGAGGUCCCUCAUGAUUUCCACGCCCACAGCCAUCAACUGUCCCCCGAGGAAGCCGCUGGGGCCGGAGUUCCAGCUUCCCUAGCGAAAAAAAUCCUCGGACCAUUAUCGGUCGUCUCAAUCGUCAAGGAACUCACUUUCGUCAUGGUGGAGCUCCCCUCAAAUGAGGUCCUGUCAACCGUCUCCGGGUCGGUCGACGCCACCAAGCUCCGCGGCAACCUGGACCAUCCCUGGUUCACUGGCGGUCUGCUGGGGACAUGGUAUUUUGUCAACAACGGCCGCAAAGAAGACGGGACGGUGCAGAUUAGUGCGAGGAUGGUGACGAAUUUGGGUGCGUUGGAGGAUCCGGCGACAGGGAGCGCGGCGUCGGCGUUCUCGGUUUUUUGGGCGAAGAAGGUGUUGAGUGAGGGGGGAAAGAGUGCGUCUGACAGUACCUCUAUAACCACCUCGUUUGAGAUUAAACAGGGCGUUGAUAUGGGAAGACCGAGCGAGAUCAAGACGGAGGUUGAGCUUGAGAAGGGGACGGGGGAUGUAAAGAGGGUUGUGUUAGGAGGAUCGGCAGUGCAGGUUAUGAAGGGGGAGAUUGUAGUUUAGGGGGGUAUGUUAACGCCUAGGUUUGAACAACUAGAACUAAUUCGAAAAUUAGAGCCAUGUAGGUAAAUAACAUAGCGCCGUUAGUGAACUAAUUUAGCACACGGAUAUAGCCUCAUGAUCGCCGUCAUAUUACUUCUUCCAACUCAUUAUAUAAAAAUAAUCCCCUAUUUCAAGCUGAACGCACUAAGCCCCAUCCCAUAUCUUCCCUUCUCUAAUAAUUUUCAGCUUCCAGCUCACCGCAGCAGUGUUGCCCGAGUAGUACUCGCCGUGAGUACUACUCGCCGAAUACCCCGAGUACUACUCUACUCGGUGAUAUUUUCGAGUACUCGAGUAUUCGCCGAGUAGUUCUCCGAAUACUCGAAUACUGCCGCCCUUGGCAAAGAGGGGUAAUAUAGAUCGUAG